AUGUCGACCCCGCGGCGCCUGCACAUCGCGAGCAUGGGCUCGUCGUUCGCGGCGGGGCCCAGCAUCGCGCCGGUCGAGAACGAGGCGGCGGGGCGGUCGGCCGCGAACUACGCGCACCUGGUGGCGCAGCGCAUCGGGGCCGCGUCGGCUGCCGCCGCCGCCGCCGCCGCCGCCGUCGACGUGCAGCUGACCGACAUCGCCGUCUCGGGCGCGACGCUGCCCAACCUGAUGACCGAGCCGCAGGACCGCGGCGGCGGCCACGUGUUCCCGCCGCAGAUGGAGUCGCUGCCGCCCGACGCCGACGUCGUGCUCGUGCUCGGCGGCGGCAACGACAUCGGGUACAUCGGGGGGCUGUUCGCCGACACGCUGGACGCGUCGUGGGUCGGCGCGCUGGUGCGGCGCUUCUGGGGCACCGGCGGCGCGCCGCUCGCCGACCCGCCCGCUACCCCCGCCGCCCGCGCCGCCCAGGACGACUGGCUCGCGGCGCGCUACGCCGACGUGCUCGACCGCGUGCGCGCGCGCGCGCCCCGCGCCCGCGUCCUCGUCGUCGAGUACCUCACCAUGCUCGGCCCCGACGUCCGCCCCGGCGCCGACGUCCCCUUCGCCGCCGACCGCGUCGCCCACCACCGCGACGUCGCCGCCCGCCUCCUCGCCGCCACCGCCCGCGCCGUCGAGGGCCGCCAGGACUGGUGCCACCUCGUCCCCGCCGCCGCCGCCAGCGAGCCCCACGCCAUCGGCUCCCCCCGCCCCUGGGUCUCCGCCUUCACCUGGCAGCUCUACCGCGCCGGCGGCGCCUACCACCCCCGCGCGGAGGGCAUGGCCGCCGUCGCCGACCUCGUCUACCGCAAGCUCGUAGAGCUCGGCAUCGUCGAGGACGACGGCAACGGCGACAGCGAGCUGUGAGCGUGGGGAUAGAUAGAUGGAGAUGAGAAGGCGGGAGGGAUGCGGUUUCUGUUUUCUUGGGUUGUUGACUUGGAGUUAUGGCGUCCCGCGGGUAGUUUUUGGUUCCCACCACCCUCGUUGUUAGUGACGACGGUGUUCUCCUGUUUUGGUGUUCUGUUUUGCAUAGAAGCACACGUUUUCUUGGCCUUUGGCGCAGCGAGGACUCGCGCUCGUGAGGGAGGGAGAGACGGCGGGGAACGGUGAGAGACGACGAAAUCGAACCCCAAUGCUAAGCUUAGUUCGCGACCAUGUACGUAUAGUAAAUACGCAUUUACGUACCCCGACGAAUAAAUGACCAAAGCGAGUAUUAUAUAAGUGAUACACAUAUCAUACACACUUCGGCGAUGAAUCGGCGGUUUGAAAAAGCAGACCAGCGCCGCAACGCAGUCAUCGCCGUGCCCUUGACCCUUUCCUCUAUGCGCCGCCACUUACUCAGACAGGGGAGUAAGAAACAU